AUUUGCUUCAACACCGGCAGUUUGAACUCUUAACCCAACAAUAUGGCGCAAGAUACUGAAAGCGGCGUGUACCUCGGAUUUGAUUUCAGCACACAACAGAUAAAAGUGAUAGCAGUAAAUGAUGAUUCCGAAGUUUUACAUGAGGCUGCUGUUAAAUUUGACACCGACCUUCCAGAGUUCAAGACUCAAGGAGGGGCUCACAUCCAUGAUGACAAAGUCACAGUUACUGCACCAACUGUGAUGUGGGUUAAGGCUCUUGAUCUUCUGUUGGAUCAAGUUAAAGCAAGUGGUUUUGACUUCUCUAAGGUUGUGGCAAUAUCUGGAGCAGGACAGCAACAUGGAAGUGUAUACUGGAAAACAGGAGCACGAGAUACACUGAAGCAGCUGGAUCCAGCCAAACCACUACACCAACAGCUGCAGGCUAGCUUCAGUGUGACCGACUCCCCGAUAUGGAUGGACUCCAGUACCACUCAGCAGUGUCGACAGUUAGAGGCAGCUGUAGGAGGACCAAUGCGCCUUGCUGAAAUCACAGGAGCAAGAGGAUUUGAGAGAUAUACUGGAAAUCAAAUUAUGAAGAUAUCACAAACACAGUCUGAUGCAUAUUCCAAAACAGAGAGGAUUUCCCUAGUGAGUAGUUUUGCGGCUUCUCUCUUCUGUGGGGAUUUCGCUCCAAUAGACUACAGUGAUGGAUCCGGUAUGAACCUUCUGGACAUUGUCAACAAAACUUGGUCACCUGAAUGUUUAAAGGCUUGUGGAGAUAACUUGGCUAUAAAGUUAGGGGAACCUGUUCCAUCUCAUACUGUUGUGGGGAAUGUGUCAAAGUACUUUGUGGACAGAUAUGGAAUUUCUCCGCUCUGUAAAAUAGUGGCAUUCACAGGCGACAAUCCAGCCUCACUGGCAGGACUUGCUCCUAGGGAGGGGGACGCUAUUGUGAGUCUCGGUACCAGUGACACAGUAUUUCUGUGGCUCAAGGAGCAGAGAGCAGGUCUUGAGGGCCACAUAUUUGUUAACCCCAUUGACUCCAACGACUAUAUGGCUCUUGUCUGCUUUAAGAACGGAUCAUUAACACGGGAGAGAAUUCAGCGUGAGAGUGCGGGAGGUUCCUGGGACACAUUCUCUAGCAGCUUGACUACCACACCUAUGGGUAACAAUGGCAACAUAGGUAUAUAUUUUGAUGCAACAGAAAUCCAGCCAUUGGCAAUGGGUACAUCCAGAUUCAACAGCAGUGAUGAGAAGGUUGAUAGUUUCCCGCCCGAAGUAGAAGUACGAGCUGUAUUAGAAAGUCAGUUUUUAGCCAGAAGGAUGUACGCAGAACUCCGCGGAAUGAGUGUUGGUCCCCAGACACGGGUUCUAGCUACUGGUGGAGCUUCCUCCAAUAAGGCAAUUUUGCAGGUUUUGUCUGAUGUCUUCAAUGCGCCUGUGUACGUUACAGAUGUCCCUAACUCGGCAGCACUUGGCGGUUGCUAUAGGGCUAAACAUGGUGUGACAGGAUUAAAGUUUUCUGAUGUUGUGAAGGGACACCCAGAGCCUAUGUGUGUGGCAACGCCAAGUAAUGGAGCAUCAGAGAUAUACCAGAGUAUGAGCGAAAGGUACAAAACCCUGGAACAGCUGAUGUAGCAAAUUCGUGGAGGACAGACAUUAAAGACGCAUGCUGAUAACGUUGCUGUGUACCAUGUAUGAUUCACUUGAUUCUACUCGAUUUGUUUUUACAAAAUUGAAUACAAUGUGCCAAAUUAAUAUGAAAUUAUUUCAUUUGUACAUGUGUUCUGAAAAAAUGCCAUUAUGUUUAUGUCUUGUUUAACAAAACAGUCUUAGGUUUAGUUAUUCAAGCAGAUUCAGGUAUAAGUGUUUAUAUUGUUUCCCUCAUCUGUUUGCUUUGUCACGGUAUUAGCUUUAAAAUGGUUACAAAUGUGGCAUACUGGUAUUGUACGGUAAGACAUGCUUACAAGUCAGGCGUACUAAUCUUUUGAGGUAAACAUGUAGGACGUCGAUCGUUCUUCAAAUGGCUUAUUCUUCUCUGGGUGUAUAAAGUCACCGUGCAGACAUUUGUAAUUGAACUAGUCACAUCAUUUAACAUAUUUGGCAAACGGGAGCUUAAAUAAAUGAAACGGAUUUUAAAUUAUUAAUUAAGUACCGAAAUUUUCUGAUAUUUCUGAAAAGAGUCUGGCCUCUUUACUUUAUAUUAGGAGAAAUUGAAUUAUGUUUUCAAGCCGAAAACCAUCGUCUUUGUCAGUCAUAGUUACAUUUCUUUUCGUUUGUUUUUAAAUGAAAUAUCGCCAACAUAUAUCUCUUAUAAUACGACACCUAUCGUGGACUAUCCCGAGUUAAUUAAUUCCCGUCAGUUAUCUGUUGGUGACGGUCUUGUUUAAUUAAGAUUAUUAUUAUGGAUUUACAGGUUGAAAAUUGUGCAGGCCUCCCUCUAGUCAUUUACACACAGCUAUUCAUGUGUAUCAAAAUGACACAUAAAGUGUUAUGUUCUUCACUAUACAGCUGACGUUGUACCCGUGUCUUUUAAGAAAUGAUUGUCGAAUUGUAUUUUUUUAUAAUUAUAUUUCAGUAUUUGAUGUUUUUGAUGGCAUAACGGUUUAAUAUCGACAUGUAUACUCUGUUUCUUUUUAUAAAUGUUAGUACUGAUACAUUGUAACCAUUUGUACAAUAAAACGAGCAAAUGAC